GUUAAAAAGACAUUAGAGACAUUGAUCGCUUCAGGGGCAUCAAAUCAAAGGAAUCAAUACUCUUCGCUUCCAUGGCUUCCCUGUCAUCUCUCCCUAAACCCGUCGCAGUGAGCCCAUUCUCCGCAAUUAUAGGUUCUCCAUCUGAUCCCUCUUUUGUCCGGCAAAGUCUUUUGUUUUCGGGAGUUGGGUUUCGAUGUGCUCCGUUGAGGAUCAACAGGAGACCGUCUGUGGAAACGGAGGUCGUUCCUGGCACUCAUCAAACAACGGUUUUUUCUGAUUCUGUACAGAACUUCGAUGUCCCUUUACUGUCUGUCUCAGAGGUUAUGGAAAGGUUAAAAGCAAACCAUGAAAACAGGAAAGGCAAACAGCUUUUCUUGGCUAUGUACUCUAGCAUCUUUGGUGGAAUCACAACUGAUCCUACAACAAUGGUAAUCCCCAUGGAUGAUCACAUGGUCCAUAGAGGACAUGGUGUUUUCGAUACAGCGGCUAUAAUGGAUGGAUAUCUGUAUGAGUUCGACCAACACGUUGACCGCUUCCUAAGAUCUGCUUCCAUGGCCAAAAUCAGCCUCCCUUUUGAUAGGGAAACCAUAAGAAAUAUCCUUGUACAAACGGUAAGUGUAUCUAAGUGCAGGCAAGGAUCACUACGGUAUUGGCUUUCUGCAGGACCUGGCGAUUUUCAACUAUCUCCAUCUUGCUGCCAUCAACCAGCCCUUUAUGCAAUUGUUAUCCAAGAUCAAGCCCCUCCAAGUUGGAAAGGUGUUAAGGUGUUUACAUCAUCUAUACCGAUAAAACCACAACAGUUUGCCAUCAUGAAGAGUGUAAAUUACCUGCCAAAUGUGCUAUCAAAAAUGGAGGCUGAAGAAAAUGGUGGCUUUGCAGCAAUUUGGUUGGAUGAUGAAGGUUUUGUAGCUGAAGGACCCAGCAUGAAUGUGGCAUUUGUGACAAAAGAAAAGGAGCUGUUGAUGCCUAAUUUUGACAAAAUUCUCAGUGGAUGCACAGCGAAAAGAGUGUUGACUCUUGCAGAAGAACUAGUGAAGGAGGGUAAACUCAGUGGAGUUAAAGUUAGGAAUGUAACAGUGGAGGAAGGGAAGAUGGCUAGUGAGAUGAUGCUUAUUGGCAGUGGAGUUCUUGUUCGCCCUGUAUUGCAAUGGGAUGAACAUCUCAUCGGCAAUGGCAAAGAAGGUCCUGUGGCUGAGGCUCUCCUAAAUCUUAUUUUGGAGGACAUGAAGAACGGGCCUACUACAGUUCGGGUACCUCUUCCAUGUUGAACCUCUUGAUUUUACUUUUCAAGUUGUGGAAUGCUUGGGUCUUCAGUUUGCAGUACUGCUCCUUAUCAUUGAACCAAGGGGCUUAGAUAAUGUUGAAAAGACUUCCUUCUGUACAUAAAGCUGUUU